AUGGAUGAAUUUCGAGAAUCUCAAAAAGAAAGAAUUCAAGAGGCAUUAGAUAUGGGCGAGCUUACAACUGGUAGGGGCUUGAAUCAAGAAUUUGGUCUUUCAAGAGCAUGUGAUACUCGUUGGGGAUCUCACUUUAAGUCUUUUAAUAAUUUUAUUCUGAUGUUUGGCUCUAUUCUUGAUGUUCUUGAAUCUCUUGUUCUUGAUGCACAUUCUACAGAUAAAAGAGCCAAGGCAAUGAGAUAUCUCAGGGCUUGUCAAACAUUUGAGGUUGUAUUCAUGUUAUAUUUGAUGAGUGAUAUUUUAGCAAUCACAAAUGAGCUCAAUAAAUGCUUACAAAAAAGAGAGCAAGACAUUGCAAAUUGCAAAAGUUCAGGAAAGAGGAAUGAGAAUCUCUUAUUGCUAAGAUAUUUGCAUUUUGUAUCAAAUAUGAUAUUUUGA